GAGGUGAGACCAGCGCAAAAAAGAUAAAAAGGGCUAGGAACUCAGGUCGCGAGUUUACCGACCCAGACCACACCGCGAGGACGUUUUCUUUAUUAAAUGAUAUGAGAAGACAAAAUGUCAUAUGCGAUGUCGUUCUGGUGGCAGGUGCAACAGAGAUUCCUUGUCAUAAAGUAGUCCUGUGUGCCUGCAGCCAGUAUUUCUACGCCAUGUUCACUGGCAAUAUGGCUGAGGCCAAAGCCAACCGCAUCACUUUGCACGAAAUAGACCCUUUAGCACUGGUACUAUUGAUAGAGUUUCUAUACACGUCAAGAUUACAGGUUACUGAAGGAAAUGUGCAGACACUGCUCCCAGCAGCCAGUAUCUUGCAGAUGUCCCAAGUUCAAGACGAGUGUUGUAAUUUUCUUCACUCACAGCUGAAUACCUCAAACGCUCUAGGAAUCAAAGCUUUUGCGGAUUUGCAUUCCUGUUCAGAUCUCUUUUCGUACGCCAGUAGAUACUGCGAAGAACAUUUCACGGAAAUCAUCCAGUGUGAAGAAUUCCUAUCAGUGCCAGUGGAAAGUAUAUGCAGUCUAAUCCGUAUUGACCGGCUGGAUGUCACCUCGGAAGAACAGGUGUUUGAGGCAGUAUUGUCUUGGGUGAAUCAUGACGAUAGCCGACAGGAAUUUAUCUCGCAACUCAUGGAAAAUGUCCGUUUGCCGCUGAUGUCACAUGAAUAUCUUGUGCAGCGCGUGGAAAAGGAACCACUCAUGAAGACAAACAGUCGCUGCAAGGACUUCCUUUCUGAAGCAAAACAGUUCCAUUUGCUGAAGGGGCAGCAGAAGGCGACAUUUAAGACACCCCGUACCAUACCAAGAACUUCUAAGGUGAUGCUUGUGAUAGGAGGAAAUGCAAUGAAUGAAGUAUUCAGCAGCGUGGAGUGCUUUGAUUUCAAGGAAGACCGCUGGUACCAACAGCUGGCAGAAAUGCCGUCGGGGAGAUAUAGAUGUGGCGUUGCUGUUGUAAACGGUAUGGUGUAUGUGGUCGGUGGAUGCAAUGAGCGCUUUGAGUCACUGUCUACAGUUGUCAUGUACGACCCCUCCAAGGACCUAUGGACAAGCUGCCCUGCAAUGAAUCGACGGCGCGAAUCCCUGGGGGUCGCUGUGCUCAAUGAUGUCAUAUAUGCUGUCGGGGGUAUUGAUCGCUCAUUGGUUCUCAUAUCUGCCGAGUGUUUUGAUGUUCGGACGGGAGAGUGGCGUCCAAUUGCCAACAUGAGCACCGCGAGGUGUUCAUUGGGGGUUGGAGUACUCAACGGAUUUGUCUAUGCAGUGGGUGGGGAUAAUGGGGGUGAUGGUCCUUCAUUUAUCACCUCCGUAGAGCGCUACAACCCUUUGGAUGAUGUCUGGACCCCUGUGGCUGAGAUGUCAGGCGAGCGCAAUGACGCUGGUGUCGGAGUGAUAGACGGGGUUUUGUAUGUGGUGGGGGGAGAGGUUGAGUAUCAGUGCCUCAAAUCUGUAGAGAUGUACAAUCCUGAGACCAACAUUUGGACGCCACUGGCAGACAUGCAAAAAUGUCGUAGAAAUGCAGGUGUGGUUUCACACCACGGAUUGUUAUAUGUAGUGGGUGGCGAAGAGAGAUUUUGUGUACAUUUCUCAGUGGAAUGUUAUGACCCUAAAGAAAACAUGUGGACGUUGCUGCCUUCCAGCCUGAUGAAGAGAAGAAGCAGAGCUGUAGUCGCAAUCAUAGACAGACCUUCAUAUCUAGGAAGAUGCUACUGGGAUUAUUAGAACCAGGCUCAAUUGUACAAGUGUGUCCAGACAAUCUAAGCCGCAUCAUGCAAACAUUGAUAUUAUGCCUUAUUUGGCAAAUGUAGCCCUGGACCAACCUGCUUAGUUAUGCAGUCAGACUACUGUGUCCGCUGUAGUUACCAUAGUUUUUUGGAAUCAUUAGCGGAUUAGCGGGUAGCUUAUGACAAGACUGAAGAUAUACGCAGGCCGGUCUGGAACUAGGCUGGUGGAAUAUGAUGCAAGACCCAUUUUCGCAUGAUGCUUCUCUUAUAUUCAGAUGAUGGCUAGAAAGGUUAAUAAUUGACUUUUUUUAUUAAAGCAAUAGUUUCUUUAUAGGUAUCAUAUUAUUAAUUUAUAUGUUUUGUGAACAUAAAUGAUAGAAUUGCAUG